UCGGCCUCUGGCACCUCUCCUUCCUUUGCUUUUCUAUCUGUUGCACUCGCCAUGACUUCACGCAUCAGCAUUGCACGCCCAAACACUGGCGGUUACAGCCCAGAAAUGCGCUCUGACCCGCACGGCAUGGGCAACACACGCUCCCCCGCUGGAUACAGGGCAGCCGACCCAGACGACCCGCUCGAGAAGGUUCGCGUCUACGCGAGCAUGGUCGAGGAAAACGUCGAGAUUUACUCGCAACCACUCAAACCACACCUCCCCGCCAUUGGCAGGUUCAUGAUCAUUGUCACCUUCCUCGAGGACGCUCUGAGGAUCAUCACUCAGUGGAGUGACCAGAUCUGGUACCUCCAGAGACACAGACAUUUCCCCUGGGGCCUCUCCCAUACUUUCCUCCUUUUGAACGUCAUAGUCAUGCUCGUUGCUUCGGGAGCGGUCGUCACAAAACGGCACACUGAAUAUGCGUGCGCUGGGCUUCUCGGCGUGGUCAUCACACAAGGCUUCGGCUACGGUCUCAUCUUUGACCUCAACUUCUUCCUUCGUAACCUCUCCGUCAUUGGCGGCCUCUUCAUGGUCUUCUCCGACUCGAUGAUCACCCGCAAGAAACUAUUCGCUGGUCUUCCUUCCAUGAGCGAGAACGACCGCAAGAAAUACUUCCUCCUUGCCGGACGUGUUCUCCUCAUUUUCCUCUUCAUCGGUUUCAUCAUCCAAGGCAAAUGGUCCAUCGGCCGCGCCUUCGUAUCCCUCAUCGGUCUCGUCGCCUGCGUCAUGGUUGCCAUUGGCUUCAAGGCCAAGUGGUCCGCUUCAUUCCUCGUCAUACUGCUCAGCAUCUUCAAUGUCGCCGUCAACAACUGGUGGAGCGUCAAUUCCGCUCACCCCGCCAGGGACUUCUUGAAGUACGACUUCUUCCAGACACUAUCGAUCGUUGGCGGUCUGAUUCUUCUCGUGAACAUGGGCCCCGGAGGCUUGUCAGUGGACGAAAAGAAGAAGAACUUCUAAAAGGGUUCGUUCACAUAUCCAGAGAGAAAAUAUUAUUCACAAGCUUUUGGCGCUUGAGUAAUUCGCAUAGGGUGAAGGCGAUGUUUUGAGGAGCCGUCUGCCGGACGUUUGACAUAUUCGUUUUGUUUGUUUUUAUCUCGUUUCGUGGAUCUCUCUGAUGCAAUGUAUACUGUCCUUCG